AGUUCACUUUGCCUUUCUCUUCGAAAUUAUUCCUUUUUAUUUUUCUGGUUAUGGUUUAAAAUUUUUUGUUAUUUUCAAGGAUGUCUAAGGGUACGGGACCUUUGUCAAAGUUAUAUAAUGCCACCGUUAGUGCUGUAGAUAAGAUUGUUCCAAAUGCAGUGCAGCCACUUUGGCAAUCUCCGGCAGGUCCCCGAACUGUGUUUUUUUGGGCACCAGCGUUUAAAUGGAGUUUAGUGCUGGCAGGCCUGAGUGAUACGCUGAAUCGUCCGGCUGGGAACAUCUCGCUUAACCAGUGCGCCUCCCUGGCAGCCACUGGUUUAAUUUGGUCUCGCUACUCCGUUGUUAUAACACCCAAGAACUAUAGUCUUCUGGCUGUCAAUGUAGCCGUCUUUUUUAUCCAAGGUUACCUAGUGAUAAAGCAUCUGAGAUGGCGAAAUGAGAAUUCCCGGAAUGCGGUGUACAAUCAUACUAAUUGUCCUAUCAAAUCGGAAGAUGAUUGGUAACAUCCUACAGAAAUAUCCAUGUUGAAUGAUAAAUUACUGAUGAACAAACUCUGAAAUUAUACACGUUUUUGAUUAAUUUAAAUAACACAAGCUGGCAAAAACACCGUUAAAUUAAAAAUUUUUUAAAAUUUCAUGUUGCUAAAUACUCAAAAUAUAUAUUAUUUC